CUAAAGCUUGCUCUUCCUGUUUCAGAGUUAGAUACAGUCUUGUUUCUGGUCUUGUUUUUUAAGACAGCAGAUAGAUGUAGAGUCUCUUUCUAGUGUUGCUGAGACUACGGAGGUAUGGUGUAGUAGGCUUUUAGCUUACACGCUCUGUCUUGGAUAGCUGGAUAGCUGUUGAUGUGCCUGUAAAAAGCCACACCAUCAAGCUGAGGUCUUUUCUCAUUCUUUUUCAGAAAUCUGGUAACUUGCAGGAGUAUUUCUUUAGUUUUGUGUGAACUCUGUACGCAAGGCACAGGCUGCUUUAAAACAACAGCAGCAGCUUAUAUGUUUGUUUAUAUGUGGUCCUCAGGCUGUGUAAGCCUGUUUCAAUUGCGUGAGAUGCUGUGCUGAUAGAACCUCUCCUUAGACAUUAAACCCGGAGUGCCACUGGCGAGGAACGGGCGUGUUCGGCUGCUGCCUCAGUCUCUGGUGUCGUACUAUGUUUACCCAAAAAGGAGAGACUGAGACCCUGUUAUUUUGAUCUUUGACUUCUUAUUGGAUUAUAAUAUAAGUGUCACAACAAGCUGAAAACUGUGGGAAGAGCACUGGGGAACUGGGCAUGAUUGGAUCCUGAACGGAAGGAGCUGGCACUGAGGAAAGGAGGAAGGGGAGGAAUGGCAUCCCGGGAGAGGCUGUACGAGCUGUGGAUGCUUUACUGCAGCAAGAAAGAUCCAGAUUACCUGAAGCUUUGGUUGGAUAGUUUUGUUUCUAGCUAUGAACAGUUUUUGGAUGUGGACUUUGAGAAGCUGCCAACUAGGGUGGAUGACAUCCCUCCAGGAAUAUCACUGCUUCCUGACAAUAUUCUUCAGGUCCUGAGGCUCCAGCUGCUGCAGUGUGUCCAGAAAAUGUCAGAUGGAUUAGAAGAGCAGCAGCAGGCUUUGUCACUUUUGCUUGUGAAGUUCUUUAUCAUCCUUUGCAGGAAUUUGGCUAAUGUGGAAGAGAUUGGGAUGUGUUCAUACAUUAAUCACGUUAUCACCAUGACUACGUUAUACAUUCAACAGUUAAAAAGCAAAACAAAAGAGAAGGAAAUGGCAGAUCAGACACCAAUAGAAGAAUUUGUGAGACAUGCACUGGCUUUUUGUGAAAGUCUCUAUGAUCCAUAUCGCAACUGGAGGCAGAGAAUUGCAGGACGUAUCCUUAGUACAGUUGAAAAGAGCAGACAGAAGUAUAAACCGGCUUCCCUCACUGUUGAGUUUGUCCCUUUCUUUUAUCAAUGUUUCCAAGAAAGUGAACAUCUCAAGGAAAGCCUGAAAUGUUGCCUGUUACAUCUCUUUGGAGCUAUUGUGGUUGGUGGUCAGAGGAACGCUCUGCAAGCAGUAUCUCCUGCUACCAUGGAAGUCUUGAUGCGUAUUUUAGCAGACUGUGAUAACUGGGAUGAUGGGAGCCCUGAGGAAGUGAGCAGAAAGGCAGAGCUUACUCUGAAGUGCCUCACAGAAGUUGUCCACAUUCUACUUAACAGCAGUUCUGACCAGCGUCAGGUGGAGACCAGUACAAUACUGGAGAACUAUUUCAAGUUGCUUAAUUCAGACCAUUCAGCUUUACCUAAACCAAGGCGAUGUAGGCAGUGGGAGAGCAGGUUCAUAGCACUACAGAUCCAAAUGUUGAAUACAAUCACAGCCAUGUUAGACUGCACAGACAGGCCUGUUCUACAGGCAAUUUUCCUUAACAGUAACUGCUUUGAGCAUCUCAUUCGACUGUUGCAGAACUGCAAGCUGUUUUUAAAUGCUAACAAUAAAGUGGCAGACAAGAGUGAAAAAGACCUUGCCAACAAAUUACUGACAGAAAUGAAUGAGGACCAGGUAUUUCAGGGACGUCUAGACUGCUUGGCAGUAUCAACCAUUCAGGCUCUCACAGCAGUAAUGCACAAGUCUCCAGCUGCUAAGGAGGUCUUCAAGGAGAGAAUCGGUUAUGCACAUAUCUACGAGGUACUUAAGUCACUGGGUCAGCCCUCACGGGAGCUGCUGGAAGAACUCAUGAAUAUGGCUGUUGAAGGUGACCACAUGGCUGUUGGGAUAUUAGGCAUUAGUAAUGUCCAGCCAUUAUUGCUGCUUAUCCAAUGGCUUCCAGAGCUUGAGUCACAUGACCUGCAGAUUUUCAUUUCAAAUUGGUUGAGGCGGAUCUGCUGUAUUAACAGGCAGAGUCGUGCCACGUGUGUCAAUGCAGACAUGGUCAUCCGUAUCAUCGAGACACUAAAUCACCACUCUGCACUCCAUUGCACUUGUGCAGAGAACCUGAUUGCCCUUCUGGGCUCUUUAGGGAGCCACUCAAUGGGGUCAGAAGAACUGCUUCAACUAAUACGGCUCCUUAGAACCGAGGAGCCAAAACAGGCUCACCCUUAUGUUAUUCCAGUGAUGCGAGCCAUUCUGGCAAUGGCUCGGAAACAAGGCAUGGCUAGUGCCUUGCAGUAUUUCAACUUGUGUCACAGCAUGGCGGGAAUUGCUGUUCCAUCAAUUCAGAGGUGGCCAGGCUCUGCAUUUUCUUUCAAUGCUUGGCUCUGCCUUGAUCAAGACCAGGUGGACCCUAGCACAGCUAGCAAAACUGGCAAGCGGAAGCAACUGUAUAGCUUUUUUACAGGAAGCGGUAUGGGUUUUGAAGCCUUUAUCACAUGCUCUGGAGUAUUGGUGGUAGCAGUUUGCACAAAGAGGGAAUAUGCGACAGUGAUGCUGCCUGACCACUGUUUUUUUGACUCACUCUGGCACAACAUAAGUAUUGUUCACAUGCCUGGAAAGAGACCCUUUGGUCAGAGCAUUGUGUACAUCUACGUCAAUGGACAGCAGAAGAUCUCUGCCCCACUUCGAUUCCCUGCCAUGAAUGAACCUUUUACUUCUUGCUGCAUUGGUUCAGCUGGUCAAAGAACAACAACUCCUCCUCCAUCUCAGAUACCAGAUCCACCUUUUUCUUCCCCUGUCAUGCCUCACCGUACAUCACUUGGGGGCAUUCUCUCUCCAGGAAGCUGGGGUGGGAUGCUUGCAAAACCAGAACUCAUCACCAAGAUGAUCUCAGCAGGGACUCAGGACAGUGAAUGGGGAUGCCCAACAUCGUUGGAGGGCCAGCUUGGUUCAGUUAUCAUUUUUCAUGAAGCACUGCAACCCCCUCAGGUGAAAGCAUUGUAUUUGGCAGGUCCAAACUGUUUAACUCCAUGGAAAUCUCAAGAGCCUGAAGUAGCAGAUCUCCCCAGUAAGGUGUUGCUGCAUUACACGCCAAAGGCCUGCAGAAAUCCAAUUUGUCUUGACCUGUCGGCAAAUCUCUUGCAUGGAAGACUAACUGGAAACAAAGUAGUGAACUGGGACAUCAAGGAUAUGAUCAACUGCAUUGGUGGAAUAAAUGUGCUGUUUCCGUUGCUGGAGCAGAUCAGUUUUCUUGGUAGACAGAUGCCUGAGAAGUCUGUAGGGGAAACUCUACCUCCUGAAGUAGUUACUCCUGUAGAGGGAGACUGGGUGGUAUUGUCAUCCACAAAGGCAUCAGAGGCACGCCUCGAGAAGAACAUUGUUGCAACUUUCAUCUUGAUGAUUAAACACUUCAUUCAGAGACACCAUGUUAAUCAAGAAAAUCUCAUUCACUCCCAUGGAGUUGCUACCCUAGGAACCUUGUUACAGAAGGUGCCAAGCGUCCUAAUGGAUGUGAAUGUACUGAUGGCUGUACAACUGUUGAUAGAGCAAGUCUCAGUUGAAAAGAACUUGCAACUUCUGCAACAGAUGUAUCAACACUUACUUUUUGACUUCAGCAUCUGGAACAGUGGGGACUUCCCUUUCAGAAUUGGGCAUAUACAGUAUCUUUCUACGAUCAUCAAAGACAGCAGAAGGCUCUUCAGAAAGAAGUAUGGUGUACAGUUUCUUCUAGACACACUGAGAGUUUAUUAUGGGAGUGGCAGCAAAGACAGUGAUUUAACUCCUGAUGACCUGAGAACUAUACAGACAUCCCUUUAUGGACUGAUCAAAUAUUUUCUAAGCAAAGGUGGAACACAUGAAGAAAUACAGAGCAUUGUAGGAUACAUAGCUGCUACCAGUGAAGAAGAACAGCUCUGUGGCAUCCUGGAUGUUCUGUUCAGCCUUCUUCAUUCCAGCUCAGCCCCAGAUCAGCUUUUUUUAUUGCUUUUUGAACCAGGAAAUGCUGAUAUUCUUUAUGCUUUGUUAUUGCACCAGAGGUACUCUGACAGGCUUAGAGAACUUGUGUUCAAGAUUAUGGAAGAGAUGCUGAAAUGUACUAAAGUUUAUGAACGUAGUAAGCACCGUAUGAGACUCAGAGAAGUGGGGUACUCUGGACUUGGACUCCUCCUGAAUGAAUCCUCAGUUACUAUUUCUCUCAUAAAAAACCUUCUUAACCAAGUUCUCCAUGCAGAUCCUGCUGUGAAUUAUAAAGAUCUUUUAGCUGUAGUGCAUCUGGCUCAUAGAUCAGAUAUAAACAUGAGAGUGGUUAUCUGUAGAAAGGUUUUGCAUCUUUUGCAUUCCCAACUGGAUGCAGCACAACAGAUUUCUCAGCAGCUGGGCUGGCAGGACACUUUGAUCAGACUCUUCCUGAAAGAAAAUUCUGAGGUCCGGAUUGGCUUUAGAGAAAACAGGGCUGACUCCUCAAGGGAAGAGGAGAAAAAUCCUCCUGCUGAAGAACUUCAGAAAUAUCAUGCUGAUAAGAUGGAGGGAGAUAAAGUUGACACCUUUGCAUCUAUAAAUGGAUUGUUUGAUCAGUGGAGUUUAGAAGACAAUAAAUCCUUGGAUGUCCCAGCUCAUUUCUCUGCUAUGCCACUGGAAGAUGCAUCCACAGCAGAGAUGUCUUUCAAGUCAGAGGACCGAGAAGAUUUGUGGCGCAGUAAUCCUUCACAUCUGAGUCUAGAUCUAUCCAGCGUUGACUCUUAUGAACUAGCUGACGUUGUGAAUCAGAUGACAGAUAGCCUGCCCAGCACACCAUCACCUAUAGAGAACAGAAAACCAUUUUCUGGGCAGCCUGAAAAGGAGCUAGAUGUCAUAAGCGAUGUGGGCUUCAGUGCUGCUGAUCUAUCUUCAUUUGAAAAUCAAGGAGGGGGUGAUAAUGAACUGAUACAGUUACUUACAGACAUCCUGCUGUGCAUAAUGUGGAAAGGCAUUGAAAGAUCUGAUGAUGAGGCUUGGGUAGAGAGAGGACAGGUGUUUUCUGCACUGACUAAACUGGGAAUAUCUAAUGAGUUGCUGCGACCUUCUGAUGAAAUAAAACUCAACUUAUUGGAGAAGAUGUUAGAAUGGUCAGUCACUGACAACAGAGAUUCUAAAGCUCUCCCUACACACUCUGAAAAUGCUUUCCGGCUCUUACUAAUUGUAAAAGAUUUCCUGCAGGCAGAAGGACUUGUUAACUCAAAUUUAUGGACAGAAAAGCUAUUGGAGGAAUUAGUGAUUCUUAUGGAUAGCCUGUCAGUCUGGUACUCUGCUGGCCCAGAAGCAGCCUGGUUUUCACAGGUGCAAGUCCAGUUGCUCCUUGGAUUCAUUGCACAAGACAACUUACAGGUCUGUGCUAUGGCAGCAGCAAAACUGAACACCCUUCUUCAGACCAAAGUAAUAGAGAGUCAACCUGAAGCAUGCUACCUGUUGGGGAAGUUAGAAGGCAUCUUAAGUAGAUCAAUUGAAGAGAAGACAGAAACGUACUCAUUUUUGAUUCCACUCGUUCGGACGCUGGUAUCCAAAAUUUAUGAACUUCUCUUCAUGAAUCUGCAUCUCCCUUCAUUGCCUUCUACCAAUGGCAGCCCCUCUUUCUUCGAGGACUUCCAAGAAUAUUGCCGAUCUGAUGAAUGGAAGGUUUAUAUUGAUAAAUAUAUUAUUCCAAAUAUGAAGCAGUAUGAAGAAAACUCCUUCAGACAUGGUCAUGAGCAGAUGGCAGUUUAUUGGAAGGAUUGUUAUGAGGCAUUUAUGGUGAAUAUGCACAAGCGAGAUCGGGAGAGAGGAGAAAGCAAGCUGAAAUUUCAGGAGCAUUUUGUGGAACCGUUCAGCCGAAAGGCUCGACAGGAAAACAUGCGGUAUAACAGUAUGCUAAAGCAACUUCAUAGUCAACACACAGCUACUCUGAGACAGUGGAGAGCAGCCCAACUUUAUUUACUCUCUGAACGUGGUCCUUGGUCUGAAAUGAAACAGCAUCCUGUUCACUGGAAACUUUCAAAUGUUGAAAAUUUUUCACGUAUGAGACUAAAACUGGUGCAGAAUUACAACUUCAACUCUCAUCAGGAUGCUAGUGACCUGAGAGAUAAUUUAGGUGUGUACCAGACACAACCCUCUAGUGAGUCUCUGCUUCUGGAGGUGGUGAAGCAGGUGAAAGUGAGUGACUUGGAAGAUGAUGUGCUUGAACUGCCAGAAGAAGACACAGCAGCCAGUUCCAAUAUGGAUGAGAAGGAUGAACAGAGUCAGAAAGAAAAGCUAAUAUUGUCUGAAAACUGUGAACUGAUUACAAUAAUUGAUGUGAUACCUGGCAGACUGGAGGUCACUACCCAGCACCUAUAUUUCUUUGAUGGUAGCAUCGAAAAAGAGGAGGGGGUUGGUUUUGAUUUCAAAUGGCACAUUUCUCAAAUUCGAGAGAUACAUCUGCGUCGGUACAACCUGAGGAGGUCAGCUUUGGAGAUCUUCCUUACAGAUCAAACCAACUACUUCCUCAACUUCAAUAAGGAGGUAAGAAACAAAGUAUACAGUCGAAUAUUGUCACUGCGUUCUCCAAAUAUUUCUGGGACCCGAUCUCCUCAGGAGCUCUUUAAAGCUUCAGGUUUGAUGCAGAAAUGGGUGAAUAGAGAAAUAUCCAACUUUGACUACCUUAUUCAGCUGAACACAAUGGCAGGACGAACUUACAAUGAUCUUGCUCAAUAUCCUGUGUUCCCCUGGAUUUUACGAGAUUAUACAUCUGAAGAACUGGAUCUGAAUAAUCCAGCAGUCUUUAGGGAUCUAUCCAAACCCAUUGGAGUGGUAAAUGAGAAGAAUGCUAAGACUGUGAAAGAGAAAUAUGAUAAUUUUGAGGAUCCCCUUGGAGUGAUUGACAAAUUUCACUAUGGGACACACUACUCAAAUGCUGCUGGUGUCAUGCAUUACCUCAUUCGGGUAGAACCUUUCACAACUCUUCAUAUCCAACUUCAAAGUGGCAGGUUUGAUUGUGCUGAUCGACAGUUCCAUUCUAUUCCUGCUACCUGGCAAGCACUCAUGGAUAACCCCAAUGAUGUCAAAGAACUUAUUCCAGAAUUUUUCUACUUCCCAGAAUUCCUGGAGAACCAAAAUGGCUUUAACUUGGGUCAGCUUCAAAUGUCCAAAGAAGCAGUAAAUGAUGUUGUUCUCCCCAAGUGGGCCCAUUCCCCAGAAGACUUCAUUUAUAAACAUAGAAAGGCUCUGGAAUCAGAGUAUGUUUCUGCUCAUCUUCAUGAAUGGAUCGAUUUGAUUUUUGGCUACAAGCAGAGGGGACCAGCUGCAGUGGAGGCACUCAAUGUGUUCUAUUAUUGUACUUAUGAAGGAGCAGUGGAUUUGGAUGCUUUAACAGAUGAGAAGGAAAGGAAAGCUUUAGAAGGGAUGAUAAACAAUUUUGGACAAACUCCCUGCCAGCUGUUGAAGGAGCCCCAUCCUCAGAGGUUGUCAGCAGAAGAGGUAGUGCAAAGACUAACUAGAAGUGAUACCUCUACUCUGAAUCUCUUCCAACACCUCACUGAACUGAAGUCAUUCUUCAUAGAGGGAAUCAGUGAUGGUGUCCCCAUUGUCAAAGCUGUUGUCCCCAAGAAUCAGUCACGUUCCUUUAUGUCUCAGGGAAGCCCAGAGAUAUUGGUAACAGCAAGUCUGAAUUGUAUUAUUGGAACCCAUGGUUGGCUGCCUUAUGAUAAAAACAUCUCCAACUAUUUUACAUUCAUCAAAGAUACUACAGUGACAAAUCCCAAAACACAGCGUAAUAUGAGUGGUCCUUUUGCACCAGGACUGGAGAUCACUUCCAAGUUGUUUGCAGUAUCUCAUGAUGCAAAACUCCUCUUUAGUGGAGGACACUGGGACAAUAGCAUCAGAGUAACAUCUCUUACAAAAGGCAAGCUGGUUGGACAGCACAUCAGGCACAUGGAUAUUGUGACCUGCUUGGCGAUAGAUUACUGUGGAAUUCAUUUAAUUUCUGGAUCCAGAGAUACAACCUGCAUGAUAUGGCAAAUAGUUCAGCAGGGAGGAGUGCCUGUAGGCCUGACACCUAAGCCAUUACAGAUCCUUUACGGGCAUACUGAUGAAGUUACAAGUGUUGGCAUCAGCACUGAGCUGGACAUGGCAGUGUCAGGAUCCAGGGAUGGGACUGUUAUUAUCCGCACCAUUCGGAAAGGUCAGUACAUGAGAACUUUGCGACCACCUUGUGAGAGUUCUCUCCUGCUGACUGUUCCUAAUCUGGCUGUGUCCUGGGAAGGCCAUAUCGUUGUCCACACCAGCAUAGAAGGAAAGACCACUCUUAAGGAUAAGAAUGCAUUACACCUCUAUUCUGUUAAUGGAAAGCAUCUGGGUUCUGAGACUCUGAAAGAAGAAGUGUCAGAUAUGUGUGUGACUGGCGAGUAUAUUGUGAUGGGCAGCUUACAGGGAUUUCUUUCCAUACGAGAUCUCUACAGCUUGAAUCUGAGCAUCUCUCCAUUAGCCAUGCGACUGCCAAUUCAUUGCAUUUCUGUCACCAAAGAGUAUAGCCACAUCCUUGUUGGCUUGGAGGAUGGCAAGUUGAUUAUCGUUGGUGUUGGCAAGCCAGCAGAGGUAAAGCCCACCAUCAAGAACUUUUUCUACCGAACAGUGGGAAGUUCACUUAUUUCUGCUUUCCAGUUGAGCAAGAGGUCUCCUCUAUGGCAGGAUGCGCUCAGGUCAGCUUUCCCGAAAGCUCUGGGGAUCAAGCAAACGGCUCAGCCAGAUUUCAUCAGGAGAGACUGAAUAUAACACUCAAGAUUCCAAGUGAUUGCUGCUUCUACCUUCUCUCAUGGAUUCCAGAAAUACAUUUUAUAUUUUGGUCACUUUAAAUGUACAUCUGUUUUCAGGGGCUUCACUCUCUGUCUGUUGAAGAUGAACCUAUGGUAGAGGUAUAGUAAAAAGCAUAUGUACUCAUGCAAGUUAGCUUGCUUGCAUAUUUUUUCUUAACCACAUUGAUUUGGUUACAACAGAAUCUCUCUCUAAAUAGCUGCUAAAACAGGGUUUCAGGGAAAAAAAAAAAAAACAACCAAAAAGCAGCCAAACAAAAGGAAAUGGACACAAAAACCAAAAACACCAGACCUCCAAACCCAAGCCUUGCUAAUUGAACCAAAAAUAAGUAGUAUUUGAUUUAAAACUGGCUCUAUUAGCCAGAUGCUCCUUGACCACAAGAAAGAUACUUGGCAGUGCUUUGAGAGCACUAAUUUUCCAACAGUGAAUUAACUCUGUUACAGCGGUACUAUUCAAAACUGCUAUAGUUGACAAUUAUGAUCUUUUCAUUAUGUCUUUAGACCAAUGAAUAACUUCUUGUGAUUUAUUCCUGUAAAUGGCCAUUGCUGUCAUCUUUUGUGUAGUUUCAGUUUUAGGCUGUCUGCAAGGAGCAUCUGUGUUGUACUACUUGAUUAUCAAAAAUUCUUAAAAGUACCGACAGGAGUAACUUCAAAGGAUUUGAAGGUGGUGGAUGAGCUGAAGGAGGUAGGAAAACUUGCUGCUAAAGAUUAUUUAUAUUUUUAAGUAGAAUAAAACAGGAAGGAAUCCCAUAAUACAGUUAAUAUCUUGAAGAAAUCCAGAGGAGGAAUUGCAUAUCCAUGUCAGUUCAAGGUCAAUCUUUAUUAGUAAGGCAACUCCUGCAAAGGAAAAACAAAUUCUAUUGCAAAAUCAUUAUAACAUUACAGCAGAUUAAAUAGCACCUGUUUUUUUUCUUGGCUUAGUAUUCACCAAAGCACUUGCUAGCUGUACUUUUUUUCUGUUAAACAAGCAGGAAAAUAGUGUGCCUGUUUUCAAGAUGUGUUUAAUAGUGGUGAGAAGAAAAUAUCAGAUCUGUACAUGCUCAUUACACAACAAAACAGUUUUUAAUUAGAUGCUAUAUUUUCGAAAAGCCAUUAUUGAAUGUUUUCUUAAGCAAUAUAUGAUAGAGGAGUGUUUUCCUAUCAUUCUGGCCUUUUUAAUAAUAUCAGUGAUAUAAAUUAUAAUCCCCAUCCUGUUAAAAGCCUGGUGCUGAGGGAAAAAUAAGAUUUUUUGACUGGCAUGAGAAGGUAUGUGUGUAUAUGUGUCUGUGUGUAUAUAUGUAUAUACAUGUAUGUAUGUCUAUUAAAAAGAGAAUAUCAUUCCUCUUGCAUCUUUCUGAUGCAAGUAGAGUACAGAUAAAAAGCAGAGUUAGAAGUGGUUUGAUAAUAUGUUCCCUUUUGGCUACCAUUCUCUUCCCUCUGCCAUCACCUUUUUGUUAUUUCUAUUUAUUUAUGGAAAUGAAUGUGCGAUGUACCUCCUAUAGAGAUUAUCAGAUAUAUAUUCCCUGUGACUGGGGACCUGAUGAACUACCUGAGGAACUCCAUUGUGUAUAAUCUCAUUUCAUUAACUUUUGGCACAAUAUUUAUUAUCUUUAUUUCUACAUGGUUAAUCCCUGUUCCUGGAAAAAGAUAAUUUUUUAGAAGUUCAGUUAGUUUCACUAAAACUGUAUUCUCUUCCUCAAUGUCUUUAUUUCAAAAAAAAAAAAAAAAAAAAAAAUCCUCUUGUGGGGAUUCCCCAUGUUCUGGGGAAUAAUGUUAUUUUUUCUUAACUUUAGAGGAAAUAAAUCAGACUAGUGAGAAAAAAUGGGUCUAUCCAUAGUUGCAAUAUUCUAAUUAAUCACUGUGACAGACUGGAUUGUCUAGAAGGUUAAGAAAAAAGAGUAAUUUCUGAGUCACCUGCCAAGAGAGCAUUAAAUUUCUGAAAGUGAAGUGGUUCAUUUUUUUUCAGACUCCAUACUUUCAAAGUGAGAACUGCUUUUGUCAAUUGCCUAUCCAGGAGGAAGAAUAAGGUGAUUCUGGAAGUAUAAAGUAUGCACAUCAGAAUGUGAAGUAAGCUUGUCCGUAAUGAUUUCAUGAAGAAGGGAUUUCAGGGGAAAUCUUUGGAGAGUAGUUUUGGGACGUUGCAAAAGAACUCACUUGGGGCAUUACAUUGGUUUUUAUAAGUAUGCAGAUAUGUUCUAUUUAAAUGCAUAUAUGAAGUUAAGGGUAUGAAUGCAGAGGAAGGGAGAGGCAAUAACAUUUCAAGUUAGUAGAAUCAAGUAGAGAAAAAGCAAAACUGGUUCUUUUAUAGUGUUUGUGAAGAAAAUCCUUAUCACUUGCUCAGAGGUUCACAAAUGUUUGAAAAAUGUCUUAUUGUGUUUAGGUUAUGUUUAUACAAGAGAAUAAUUUUAAUAAUUUAAUAUUCAAGAAUAGUGAAUGCAGUGUGUUAGCUUACGUAACGUGUAAUGUAGUUGCAGCAAUUGGGGAUGGGAGGACUUCUGGUGAGGAGCUUUGACAUUUGAGUACCAUUGUUUCAGGUCAUUGUGAGUAUUAGGUGAUCAUCAGUAUAUCUGAGGUUGAAAUGUGGACAGUUUUGGAGCAGAUUUGAUAACAGCUUGUGCUCUGCACAAAACAGCAGAAUGAGAAAAGGUGAGCUCUGAGCUACUUCAUCUUCUAUGCAGAAUAGCAACGUAUGUUACCUUUUCAUCUUGUACACCCCUCAUCCUGAAGGAUUGUGUACACCGCCACACAGUCAAUACUCUUGCUAGACCUGCUGGAAAGUCCCCAGGGGUUCUAAGGUCUGCACUUUGCCUUUAUCUGAAAACAGCUUUAAAUAAAGAUAUAGGUAGUAGUAAGUUUGAGCAGUAGGUGGCAUUUUGCUUAAUUUCUUUGUGUCUUUCAAGUAGAAAAUCUUUUUAUUUCUGUCAGCUGUUCAGGCUAAUUGAAUUGCAGUCUAUUAUUGCAGUACAGAGUAUAUGACUCAAUUAUUGAUCUUCCUUUUACUUUCCUCAAGCCAAGUAGAGCAUAUUGUUUUUCAUGUUGAGUGAGACAUUUGUGAAAUUAGAUUUAAGUGUAAAAAAAGUGAAGCUGUGAGACAAAAAGUAUUCUGAUUAGGAAUUGAGAAUAAACAGUGCAAAGUUAUUUUGUAACACUACAUUUGUCUAGAUCUUCUAGUUGCUACUUCCUUUCAUUUCUAUUUUGAAACAUCCUUAAUAAUGUUUAUCAAAGCUAGAGAUACACUUACCUCUGAAGCCAAGUAAGGAAGUGUGUAAAUAUAUAUUAAAAAAAAAAAAAAACAA